GGUCAUCACCAAAACACUUAAAGUAAAGGGUUGAAACGGUGCAAAUAUUAACGAAAUCCACUGACAGCAACACCCUAUACAUGUAUUUGUUUACUAACAUUCCUGGAAACGAUACAUAUUUCAACGCAAAGGAUCCCUGAGGAGUCUUGUCUUCUUGAUUAGCGCUAACUUCAUCAUACUGCAACGUUGUUGUUGCCCCGUUGGACUGCAGCUGCCAGCUAACGUUAGCUUAGCUGGCUAAUUCCCUGUAUCCCCUCUGCCUGGUCGGGACGGGAUCGAAAUGUCCUGCUGCCUGCUCGAGUUCUGUCGGGUCCAAGAACUCAAAGCAGUCCGGGAGUUCUUGUUCCAGAACCAGCAAAACAACCCUUCUUUGGAGGACAAGAAAACAGAGAAUGAGCUGGCCUGGGACGACUCAGACUGGGGGUCAUGGGAUAACCCUGAGGCCAAAGAAGAUGGCAGUGGCACCACCACGGGGGUGGAGGAGGACAGUGCUGCAGUGACUGCCCCCUGGCUGCAGGACUGUGUGGUUUCUCUUUCUCCCUGCUCAGACCUGAUGGUCGUUGCCAAAGACCACAAGGCUGUGUUUCUCACAGCGAAGUGGCGGACAGAUGAUGGUGGCCGAGAGGAGAUGACCCUGGCUGUGUCCUGGAGUGGAACUCUCAGCACCGAGGAGGGGGAGAGUGUGAGCAGUGUCAUCUGUAUACCUCUGGCCAGCCAGAAAAGGAGUUCCACAGGUCGGCCAGACUGGACUUGUAUUGUAGUGGGCUUCUCAUCUGGUUAUGUCCGCUUCUACACAGAGAGUGGGGUCCUACUCCUAGCCCAGCUGUUGAAUGAGGAUCCUGUCCUGAGGCUCAAGUGUCGCACCUACGAGAUCCCCCGCCACCCUGGUGUCACCGAGCAACAUGAGGAGCUGAGCAUUCUUUACCCAGCAGCCCUGGUCACUAUUGAUGGCUUCAGUCUCUUUCAGUCUCUACGUGCCUGCAGAAACCAGGUGGCUCGAGCGGCGGCAGCAGGCAGUGAGGUGGUCCAUCCUCCUCCUCUGGCCUAUAAGAAGUGGGGUCUACAGGACAUGGAUGCUAUCGUAGACCACAGCAGCGUGGGUAUAAUGACGCUGUGUGUGUUUGACCAGAUGAAGAAUGCGUCUAUCCUGGGGGGUUUCCAUGCCUCUGUGAAGGGCAGCCCCCCCGCCAUGAGUCAGUACAUAACUGUGGGGGGAGGACCCUACACAGGCUUCUACUACGCCAUAGAGGGUAGCUCCCAGCCUCUCCUCUCCCAUGUGGCUCUGGCUGUGGCGAGCAAACUCACAUCGGCCUUGUUCAGCGCUGCCAGUGGGUGGCUGGGCUGGAAGAAACAGAGUGAGGAGGAGCCAACUCAGAAACAGAAGCCCAAGGUGGAGCRGGCCACGCCCCUGGCAGUCAGGUUUGGUCUCCCAGACUCGCGGCGUCACGGGGAGUUCAUCUGUCUGUCCCCCUGUAACACUCUGGCUGGGGUCACGGACGACUUCGGCAGGGUCACGCUGCUUGAUGUGGGGAGAGGCAUAGCUAUCCGCAUGUGGAAGGGAUACCGGGAUGCCCAGCUGGGUUGGGUGCAGGUGUCUGAGGGGCGGGGCGAGCGCGAGUCCUCGCCCUCUGCGCCCCUCCCUCGGCGCCACGCCCAGUUCCUGGUCAUCUAUGCACCCAGGAGAGGCAUCCUGGAGGUGUGGGGCACACAGCAGGGUCCCAGAGUAGGAGCCUUCACUGUAGGGAAACACUGCAGGUUGCUGUAUGCAGGCUACCGGCUGAUGGGGGUGAACAGUGUGACUAGUCAGGGCUGGCUGCUCCACACACAGCAGGUGUGUCUGUUUGACCCUGCUACUGGAGCACUACGCACUGUCACUGUCCCCUUCCAUCUGGCCCUCAGUGAUAAGAAGAGUGAGAGGGCGAAGGACAUGCACCUGCUGAAGAGACUGACCACACUACUGAAGAGCAGAGAGGUGGAACCAGAUAUCCUGGAGAGCGAGGCCCAGAGUGUACUGCUGGACAUCAAACACCCUGCCGUUAAGAAACAGGCCCUAGAGUCUUUGCUAGCCAAUAAAGAAUGCUCCAGUCUCCUGUCUGACCAACUCACCCGAGUCUUACUGGCCAGUCUAAAGGCAAGGUACUACCCAGAGGCGGUAGAUGAAGGGUUGUUCCAGUUGUGUUCCUCCCAACUGAAACUGCUGCAGCUCUACACAGACAUCCAACAGCUCCACUCUACUGGGGAGGCCACCACAGACACACACACUGAACCUACGGAGGUUGCAGGUAUAGAGGAGGAGCUGGCCCGUGUCUCCCCUACCCUGCAGCGCUACGCAGAACUCACGUCCGGCUCCCGCCCCUCCGUCUCUUUCGCCCAGGACUCCCCUGACGCAUCACUUCCUGUCCGAAGCUUUCUGUCCCAGAUGGAGUGUGAGGGAGAGGAGAUCAGAGUGGUGCCAGGGCCCAACGCAGACUGGACACAGCUUGGGAGCUUUCUGUUCUGGGGCUGUCUGACAGGAGAGAGCCCUCUACAGAAAGUCUGUAACACACUGCAGAAGACCGGCAUCAGCCCACAGCAACUACUGUCUCUGCUGCUGAGUGUAUGGUUGCACAGAGAGAAGGAAGUAUUGAAAAAAACAGAGGCCGUCAGACACCUACACACUCUGCUCACUGCCCUCAGCUCCAUGAAAGGUGCGGUGGAGGAGUCGUGGGACAUGCAGUGUGUCUCCCCCUGGUGGCAGCAGGUGCGUGCUGCAUGUGUCCAGUCCCACAGUUCUGCUGCCGCCCUGUUGGCUGCAAUAGUGGCUCACCGCGCUGCUAAGGCUAACAUCACCAUCCUGGCUGAAACCAAGUUCCAGCCAGAGUGGGAGGCGGUGUCGUUGGAACUGGAGCAGUGGGCGGUGUGUGUGAGACAGCUGGAGGACGUGUUGUCCCUGCAGACACUGCUGUGUGUGCCUCCUCCUCAGGGAACACCAGGGAGCGCCACACCACACUGCUCAGUCAAAGCCCUGCUGGAGGGGGGCCGAGGUGGUAUAGCAGACAGCGUGGCUAAGUGGGUGUUCAGGCAAGACUUGGCCCCUGAGCGGCUGAAGGACAUGCUGCAGAGGAGGGGGGAUGCCGAGAGCACGGAACAGCCCUCCCAGCCAGAGCAGGGGGAGGGAGAAAAGAGCCAGGAGGAUCCAGACUUCAACAGGGCAGCAGAGCUGCUAGUGUCUGUGUGUCAGCGUUUCCCAGACUCCCUCUCUCCUGACCUGCUGUUUGCCCACUGCUGCUGGGAGUACGUGGUGCAGUGGAACAAAGACCCAGAGGAGGGGAGAUAUCUUUGUUGGGCGGUGGAGCACCUGAAGCUAGUCUCAAGUCCUCACAUCCAGCUGGGCAUCUCUUCAAUGAUGUGGAACACGUUCAUCGUUAAAUGUUUCUCAGCUGCUGCUUUCCUUAUAGAGAAGGUGGGGAAGGCCCCUAAGGACCGCCUGUGUCGACGGGAUGUGGGAAUGGGAGACUGCGCCAUGACAUCAUUCCUGGGCUCCUGUGUUCAGCUGCUACAGAUUCUGAUGGAGGCAGACUCGGGGGUAGAAGAGGUGCCUCCUCCAGAGCUGUGUGUGGAGGAGGUGUGGGGGGGAGCAGAGGGACCUGCCUCCCUAGCAGAGCUAGCCCUGGAGCAGAAGGGAGUUCACUACCCCCUUGUACAACACCACUAUCUCCUGGCCUCUCUACUCCACACUGCUAUGACCUUCAGUCUCAGGGUCAAACCACUCAGCCUGUUCGACAGCAAGGGUAAGAAUGCCUUCUUUAGAGAGCUGUCGUCCAUCCAGCUGAUGCCCAGUGGAGACAUGGACCCUGGCCUGGUCUCCCUCAGACAGGAGUUCCUGCUCAGGGUGUUGACAGGCUGGGUGACGACCCAGAGGGAGGCGGUGGAGGGCCCUGGGUCUGGGUCAGGGGACAAGACGUGGCCUUCUCUGUGUCUGGACCUGGGACUCCUGCUGCAGGUCAACCCGGACCUCCUGCGCAGACAUCUGGUGUGUGAGCUGUACAACCAGGGCCUGGACCCCCGGGCAGAGCAGGUGAUGUUUGAGGUGGAGGAUAAGGACGUGUUGGGUUCCCAGCUGUUGGUUCUAACAGGCCAGAGGCUGAGCUACUCCCUGCUCCACACCCAGACCCAGACCCGACCCGCCAUGGAGCUGCUGGCACGCCUCCCCCCCACACUCUGCACCUGGCUCAAGGCUAUGGACCCCAGUGAGCUGGGGUGCCCGUCGGUGCCCCUGAGUCAGACCAGCAGGCUGGUGAGCCGCCUCAUAGAGAUCCUACCUGAGAACCACGGCCAGUACAGCCUGGCACUACACCUACUGGAGGCUGUGGAGGACCUGCAGAGAGAGGACUGAGAGAGGGGGAGGAGGACAGAGAGGGGGAGGAGAGAAAGGACAGAGGGAGUAGAAGCGAGGGAACUAGAUGGCUUCUGUGCAUUUUCGUUCUUGCUAGCAUCCAAUAUAGGAGUGAGAGAGUGGUAGUGAACUGGUAUAUUACCUAUCAUGUACAGGAAGCAGAGGUACCCUGUUUUUAUGAGAGGCUUGUGCUCAGUUGAGAAGAAAAGGUUGAAUCUAAUUAAGUGUAAAUGAUCGAGGGGGGUAGGAUGGGUUUUUAAUUUAAUCCAGUGCUCACUCAUCUUACUCCGAUUUCAAAUAACAUUGUAUUAGGUUGAUCAAUGUCCAAGUCUGUAUUUGAGAAUGGAAUAUGGGGGGCCUAGAUGGAGUUGGAUAAGUCCUGUCACUUUGUCUCCCAGCUAUACCUAGCAGCCCCUGUACUCUCCCUUUUAACAUACUUAACGACACACUCAAAAGGGGGUUGCAGGGUGUGUGCCAUAUGAUUGUUCAGUAAGCAUCCCUUCCUCAGCUGUCCCUCAGAUUAGUGAUGUAUGAUAAACAGACCUGUUAUUUAUACAUGCUGCAGUACUACUAGCUGUGCCUGUACCCACUGUACUGUUCUGUAGUUGUAAUCUAGACACUGGGGGCAGACAGCAGAAUAAAAAAAGUUAAAUGCUCA